UGUGAGAGGAGGCCAGGGACCUGGUUUAAGUGCCAAGCCAAUGCCAACCUGCAGGUAACCUCGGGCAGGUCACUUGCCUUUCCCACGUGUUUGUUCUGUCAAAUGAGGAGGUGGGAACUGAAGAUCUCUGAUUGCUAAGCACUGGCGUCUAGGAUCUAGAAAGAAGGGGGCAUUCCUAGAUCCUGCUCUGAGAUUAGUGUCAGCUAGGUCUCUGGGGCAGGGAUGAACACAGGGAAAGCUGAAGUUUAGGGAAAGUUUAGAAGUGGGUAAGGGCUUUACUUUUUACUUUAUUGCCUGCUUUAAUCCUAUUCUGUUAGGAUAAUCCUAAGAGGAACCUGGAGAAGCUUUGCAGCCCCUCACCACCACUGCGACCCUAACUUAAGUUCCCUCUCCCUUCCUUUCCCAAACAACCCCUCAAGCUUUUAGAGCAGCGGUUGGUAACUUGAGGGGUGGGGUAGUUAGAGGCUUCUUCGCAAGGACUGUGGAUAACUUUCCCUUUCAAAAACUGGGCACAGACCGACACAACCUUUCGCAUAGAACUUCAGGAGCUCGUGUUCCACUUGACUUCCCGCUCUAGAACUUAAAAGGCUGAGGUAGGCUUGCAGGUGAGCAGAAAGAGAGGGAAAAGUGAGCAACAAUCUAGGACGGUUUCCUCUCCAGCUAACAUUCCUCUGCCCCAGUCCCGCUCCUACCGCCUCCGCUGCCAGAGGCGGCCCUAGUCUCCGCUCCAAGUAUUCCAACCAUCCUGGGAAGGGUGGGGCGCGCGGCUCCUGGGUCCCCCUUGGUUGCCCACCCCCCCAUCAUCGGUUUUCCCUUCUGCCCCGGUCCCUCCUUUUCUGGGACGGGGCCAGCCAAUGGGCGACGAGACUCCCGGGUUUGGCGUGGGAGCGGGGGAGCUCAGAGGUCCCCCGCCCCACAGUUCUGGCCACAGUCCCGGGGCGCACGGACGUGGCUAGAGUUUCCUCCGCUCUCCGAUCGCUCUCGCUCUCCUCCCCCCUCCCGCUCUUCCUCCUCUCCCGGUCUCCUACUCCAGCUUCAGCUCCACCCGGCCGGCCCCGCACGGCUCCGGGUAGCCAUGGAGGACACCCAGCUCCAUAUCAUCGAACAGCCGCUUUCCGGGUACCCUGACGCCGAGGACCCGGCGUCCUCCCUCAUGCAGGCGCCGGCGGCGGAGGAGCCGUCGGGGGCCGGCUCCGAGGAGCUGAUCAAGUCGGACCAGGUGAACGGCGUGCUGGUACUGAGCCUUCUGGACAAAAUCAUCGGCGCCGUCGACCAGAUCCAGCUGACCCAAGCCCAGCUGGAGGAGCGGCAGGCGGAGAUGGAGGGCGCCGUGCAGAGCAUCCAGGGCGAGCUGAGCAAGCUGGGCAAGGCGCACGCCACCACCAGCAACACGGUGAGCAAGCUGCUGGAGAAGGUGCGCAAGGUCAGCGUCAACGUGAAGACCGUGCGCGGCAGCCUGGAGCGCCAGGCCGGCCAGAUCAAGAAGCUGGAGGUCAACGAGGCCGAGCUGCUGCGACGCCGCAACUUUAAAGUUAUGAUCUACCAGGAUGAAGUGAAACUCCCGGCCAAACUGAGCAUCAGUAAGUCGCUGAAAGAGUCAGAGACAAUGCCGGAGAAGGAGGGCGACGAGCUGGGCGAGCAGCCCGAGGAGGACGCGGCGAUCGAGCUGUCCUCGGACGAGGCGGUGGAGGUGGAGGAGGUCAUCGAGGAGUCGCGCGCGGAGCGCAUCAAGCGCAGCGGCAUGCGGCGCGUGGACGACUUCAAGAAGGCCUUCUCCAAGGAGAAGAUGGAGAAGACCAAGGUGCGGACCCGGGAGAACCUGGAGAAGACCCGCAUCAAGACCAAGGAGAACCUGGAGAAGACGCGGCACACGCUGGAGAAGCGCAUGAACAAGCUGGGCACGCGCCUGGUCCCCACCGAGCGCCGGGAGAAGCUCAAGACCUCCCGCGACAAGCUGCGCAAGUCCUUCACCCCCGACCACGUGGUCUACGCGCGCUCCAAGACGGCCGUCUACAAGGUGCCGCCCUUCACCUUCCAUGUCAAGAAGAUCCGCGAGGGCGAGGUGGAGGUGCUGAAGGCCACCGAGAUGGUGGAGGUGGGCAACGACGACGAGGAGGGCGGCGCGGAGAGGGGCGAGGCCCUCGACCUGCUGCGCGGGAGCAGCCCCGACGUGCACACGCUGCUGGAGAUCACCGAGGAGUCGGACGCCGUGCUGGUGGACAAGAGCGACAGCGACUGAGUGGGACGCUUGGGGCUCCGCCUGGAGGCCCUGCCCCCCGCCCCCCCCUUCCUGCCCCCACCCUGAUUUCUUUCCCUCUUGGAACUUUCUCUUUCGCAUUCUUUCUCGGCCCCAAGCCGGGCUGACGUAUUUCUAAAUUGAGAACACCUUCCCCUCCAGAAAGCACCUUCCAAGUCUUACAGCUGUCACUGAGAUGGGAGCGGGAGGCAGCCUCCACAGAGAACAGCCCCCAUUGGGGCAUCGUCUGGGUGGGAAUGGAAAGGGCAGUGACCCAUGUGCUGGCUGUGCAAGUUGGGGAUCCUACCCUUUGCAUAGUCGGCCCCCAAUGGGGCAGUCUGCCUUCCUCCUACCGCCUUCUCACACACCCAGCUGCUGUCAUUCCUGCUCACUGAGCUCUUCUUUCUUAUCCUGAUCCCUGGAGGCUUCAAAGCCGAAAUUAACAUAGUAGCAAAGAGUGAAUCCCCAAGGAGACCUUUGCCCACGUGGGAGGGCCCAUACUGGAAGGACUUGAAAGCAGCUUUUGGGAGAACGUGGGCUGUGCAGGAUUGAGGGCAGAGUGAGCCAGGAACCUGGAUGAAGGUCUCGCACAGUCUGCAAAGGGUCCCAACAUGAAAGGCUGGAGCCCAGCAGAACCCUGGGGGAGCAGGGGUGGAGGUGGGCACACUUACAUGUUGAUGCAUCUGCACACAGGAACUCGUGGCUAUGGCUUUGGGAAGGAGAAUAGGAAAUAGUAGAAGUUGGAAAUGGCUGAAGAGAGGAGCAUUUGCCUCAUUUGCAGCAUGAGAGACACGGGACAAGAAUCCUAUCUUACUGGGGUUCUCAGAAGACGGCAGGACCAUUUCAG